AUGGGUUUCCAGGCCUCAGAUCCUUCAUCUCGAGAACCCACAGGAAUAGAAACGAAAGGAAGAGACGAAAUGUGUCGGACAAACAACAGCCCUCAGCUAGUCCAGGGUUUACGUCUCGAAUUUAACACGCACCUCGGACCUCAAUGCGCCUGCGCGCGCGUGACUCCACCCUUGCCCUUACUCGUGGCGCUGUUCCCCAUGCUGCCUGCUCGCCUGGCUUGCAGGCGGCUGUGGCCCUUCUUACGGGGAUCUGCUCCCACGGUAGCGCGCCAUGGCACUCAGGAGCAGCUUCUCGAGAGAUGGGUGGCUGCCUUUUCCUCCCAGCACCCAUCAAACCUGGGACGUAGGCUUUCUCGUGGCUCAACGGCAACUAGGGAUUACGAAGGAAGAACUGACAUGGAGGAGCAUUUUUUGUUCCCCGAGUACGUCUCGGAGCCCGAGCCCGCACCGACCCUCGAAGAGCAGCUGCGAGAGCUGCAACAGCGGCAAGAGGAGGAGGAGCUACAGAAACAGCAGCGGCGGGAAGAGCGGCGGCGGCAAAAGCUACGGGACAGGAGUCGACAACACCCGGUCGUGGGACACCCGGACCCGACGGUGCCACCCAGCGGCCUGAACUGCUCGGGCUGCGGAGCGGAGCUGCACUGCCAGGAUCCCAGCGUGCCCGGCUACCUCCCCAGCGAGAAGUUCCUCAGCGCAGCGGCACAGACCGACGGCGGGCUGGCGCGGACCGUGUGCCAGCGUUGCUGGCUCCUAGUGCACCACCGGCGCGCUCUGCGCGUACAGAUGAACCGCGAGCAGUAUUUAGAGCUGGUGAGCGCAGCGCUGCGACGGCCGGGGCCCGCCCUGGUGCUUUACAUGGUGGACCUUCUGGAUCUGCCUGACCCCCUGCUGCCGGAGCUGCCCGCGCUGGUGGGCCCCAAGCAACUGAUCGUGCUGGGGAACAAGGUGGACCUGCUGCCCCAGGACGCGCCCGGCUACCUGCAGCGGCUACGGGAGCGACUGUGGGACGACUGUACCCGCGCAGGGCUCCUUCAGCUGUCUAGCCACCGAGGGCUACAGCACGCUGGGGAGGACGGGCCGCGAGACGAGAAGGAGAAUUCGAAGCCUUCUGCCAGGGUCCGUACGGUGCUCAAGGACGUGAGGCUAAUUAGCGCCAAGACUGGCUACGGAAUCGAAGAAUUGAUCUCAGUGCUUCAGCGUUCCUGGCGUUACCGCGGCGACGUCUACCUGGUUGGCGCCACCAACGCUGGGAAGUCCACUCUCUUCAACACGCUCCUAGAAUCUGAUUACUGCAUCGCCAAGGGCGCUGAAGCUAUCGACAGAGCCACCAUCUCCUCUUGGCCUGGUACUACAUUAAACCUUCUGAAGUUUCCUAUUUGCAACCCAACACCUUACAGGAUGUUUGAAAGGCAAAAAAGGCUUAAAAAAGAUGCAACUAAAGCUGAAGAAGAUCUUAGUCAGCAAGAGCAACAUCAACUUAAUCUUUUGAAAAAGCACGGUUAUGUAGUAGGAAGAGUUGGAAGAACAUUCCUAUAUUCAGAAGAACAGAAGGAUGAAGCUGCCUUUGAGUUUGAUGCUGAUUCCCUUGCCUUUGACAUGGGAAAUGAACCUGUUAUGGUUGCAAAUAAAUCCACCAAACGAAUAGAAUUGACCCCACAAGAUGUGAAAGAUGCCCACUGGUUUCAUGACACCCCUGGAAUUACAAAAGAAAAUUGUGUUUUAAAUCUUCUAACAGAAAAAGAAGUAAAUACUGUUUUGCCAACACAUUCCAUUGUUCCAAGAACUUUUGUGCUUAAACCAGGAAUGGUUCUAUUUUUGGGUGCCAUAGGCCGCAUUGAUUUUCUGCAGGGAAAUCAGUCAGCUUGGUUUACAGUUGUGGCUUCCAGCCUCCUUCCUGUGCACAUUACUUCCUUGGACAAGGCAGAUACUAUGUAUAAGAAACAUGCCGGUCAUACAUUACUCAAGGUUCCAAUGGGUGGAGAAGAAAGAAUGGCAGGAUUUCCUCCUCUUAUUGGUGAAGACAUUACAUUAAAUGAAGGACUUGGGGAAUCUGAAGCAGUGGCUGACAUCAAGUUUUCUUCUGCAGGUUGGGUUGCAGUAACACCUCAGUUUAAGGACAGACUGCAUCUCCGAGGCUAUACACCUCAAGGAACAGUUCUGACGGUCCGGCCCCCUCUCUUGCCAUAUAUCGUUAACAUCAAAGGCGAGCGCAUCAAGAGAAGUGUGGCCUAUAAAACCAAGAAGCCUCCUUCCCUUGUGUACAAUCUGCAGAAGAAGAAAAACAGAUAGAAAUAUGAAGUUGACCCUGUUCACACUGAAAAUAUUAACUAUACUGGACAUAACUACAUAUGUUAAAUUGUAUUAAACAUAACUAUAAUAAAGCUUUCUUUGCUCCCUUUAA